GUGUCUCUGCGUAAAAUGAGGAAAAAACUCAACGCCUUCUUUAAAGAGCUUGAAUUCAUCUGCACAAGGCUUGUUUCUAAUAAAGCAGUGAAAGGGAAACACAUCUACAGGGAAUCAGGUGCUGUUUUCACAUUUGGAAAAAGCAAAUUUGCAGAAGAUAUUCCUAGCAAGUUCUGGUUCAAAAAUGACAAGCCUGUGCUUAUAUCAUGUGGAGACGAACAUACCGCAAUUGUUACAGGGAAUGGUAAACUAUACAUGUUCGGCAGUAACAACUGGGGCCAGCUAGGACUGGGAUCAAAGAACACUGUCAGCAAACCAACAUGUGUUAAAGCUUUAAAACCAGAGAAAACAAAACUUGCUGUUUGUGGAAGAAACCACACUUUAGUUUACACAGAAAAAGGAAAUGUGUAUGCUGCUGGAGGUAACAGUGAAGGUCAGUUGGGAUUAGGUGACACAGAGGAAAGGACCACAUUUCAUUUAAUUAGGUUUUUUACCAACCAGCACAAGAUCAAACAGCUAGCAGCUGGAUCAUACACCUCAGCAGCAGUAACUGAGGAUGGGCAGCUUUUUGUGUGGGGUGACAAUUCAGAAGGUCAGAUUGGCUUGGCCAAUGAAACCUAUGUCAGUAUCCCGUGGCAAGUGGAUGUUGGAAAACGUGUUUCCUCUGUCUCCUGUGGAUAUUAUCACUCUGCCUUGAUAACAGGUGAUGGUGAUCUCUACACUUUUGGAGAACCCGAGAAUGGGAAACUCGGAUUGUUGCCUGAACAGCUGAAGAACAGUAGAGUCCCACAGCCUGUACUGGGAAUUAUGGAAAAGGUUAUUAAGGUCGCUUGUGGUGGAGAGCACACAGUGGUGCUGACAGAGACAGAUGUAUAUACUUUUGGACUUGGACAACAUGGGCAGCUGGGACAUGGUACUUUUGUUUUUGAAACUUCAGUACCAAAGUCUGUGAAACACCUGAGGAGGCAUAAAAUAUGUAACAUUACAUGUGGGGAAAAUCAUACUGCUGUAAUAGCAGAGAAUGGCCUCAUGUUUACUUUUGGAGAUGGACGACAUGGCAAGCUAGGACUUGGAGAAGAGAGUUUUACAAAUCAUUUUGAUCCCACUCUGUGUUAUAAUUUCUUGAGGUUCACAGUCCUUUUGGUUGCUUGUGGUGGUUGUCACAUGCUAGUUUUUGCUGCUCCGAGACCUAAAGGAUCUGAAGAAAUGCUCCUAGAAGAUUUACAUGAGAGCUGUUUGACUGCUACUAUCUCUAAAAUGGGUGAAGACUCACUACUAAUGAACACCUUACAACUAACAUCAGCACGAAUGCGACGUCGAGAAAGGGAAAAAUCACCAGAACAGUUUGUUCGAAUGGCACAAACUCUGCCUCCACUGGGUCAAAGCCUCUUAAAAUCUUCAUUGCCUGUGACUAGCAACACUAGCCCACUCUGUUUUUCUGCAACAAGUCUUCCUAAAGCUGAACCUGUGAAGGAUAGACACCAUGGAAAAGAAAAGAAUCAUCAAAAAGAGAAACCUGGUGAAGGCUCUGCAGAAGAUGAUUCAGAUAAUGAAAAUAGUGACAGAAACCUUGGAGAUACAACUGACAUCCUAAAUAUGACACAUGCAAUGAAAUUGAAUCCCAGUGACCAGUCCUUAAAAUUAUCACCGCUGCAAAAACAGAAGAAGAACAGUAAAAAUGUGAAACUGAAAAGAGAUGGUAAGGGUGGGUUGAAAAACAAGGAUUCUGAUUUCAUGAAGGAGGGCUCAAAAUUAGACUCUAGCUCUUUACAAAAGCAGUCAUCAGUUUCAGAGCCACCGGGACAAGAUUUAGAAAAAAGUAGUGCCUUUGUAGGGAAGCUUGCGGCCAAAAAAAAUACAAUGAAAGGUAAAUCUGAGCGUGCACGAAGUGUUAGUACUUUGAAAAGUGGUGUUCAGCAAAUUACUGGAGACAAAUGCAGACUAGGGAAAAGGGAAAAAGAAUAUGUGGAAAAUCUUGAAUUUGUCAGAGAGGAUGUAAGUUACAAUCUUCCCACUGAAAACCAAAUUCUGACUGAAAAAACAGAUUCUUCCAAUAAAAAGUCAAAAGCUGUUAAAUCUAAGCAAUCCCUUAAAAUAGAAGUACUUCCAUCUGCAUCCAGGGAUCAGCCCCAGACAGAUUCAUUAAUUGUACAAAAAUACAAUCCUGAUAAGAGGCAAGGAAUUCAAGAAGCAAUAGAGAGUCAAAACAAAAUAAAAGAUGUUGUUGAAAAAUCUGAUAAAUGUGAAACAAUGUGUGUCAAAGGGGAAGAAAGUAACAAAGAGCGAAGAGGUUUAAAAGAAAAGGAUCCAUUUGUGAAACAAGUAGCUGUAACUAUAUCAUCAUCUUCAACUGAGGAAAGUAGUAAUGAUCUUGCAAAAUACUUACGUAGGAGUAGGGGAAAAGAAGAGGACUACUAUGCAGGCAGAGAGGUCCAGAAAGCAGUGAAAACAGCAGAAAAAGUGGAAGAUUUGGACUUAGAAAAAGAAGACAGUGAGAUUGAGGAGAUGCAAGCUACAAACAAUGAGAAAGGAUAUGUUGAAGAAACUGAUAUAAAAAGCGUGAAUGAGGAAGAAACAACCUCUGAAGCUCAAUCAGAUGAAGACAGGCAGUUAGAAAUUAAGAAUGAGGAGGAGUAUGAAACAGUUGACAGUGAAGAGGAACUGGGGAAGGAAGAAGAGAGUGAGGUUAAAAACGAUAGUGAAGUUUCAGUAGGAAGAGGUGAAGACAAAGAGGAAAAAGAUAAUGAGGAAGAAAAUGAAAGAGAGGAAUCACAGGCUGAAAGAGACAGUGAGAAUGAGGGUGCAGAAGAGAUUGAAGAGAUUAAUCAUGAAGAUGGCAAAGAGCAAGAAGAUGAGGAAGGGAGGUUGAUGGAGGAGGAAGAAAUGCUGAGUGAGGGAGAAAAGGAGGAUAUGGAGAAGGAGGACUGUGCAAAAGAGGAAAAUACUGAAAAACAAAAGGAGGAACAGGUUAAAGGUGAGGGAAGAGAUGAGAGUGAGGAAGGAGGUGAUGAUAAAGAGGGGGAGGAAGAAAAAGAGGUAGAGGCAGAAGAGGAAGGAGAGUAUGAGAAUGAAAAUGAAGAAGAAAACAAUGAAAGGGAGAAUGAAAAAGACAAGGAGGAAGAGGAGGAGUUAGAAGAAUCAUUGGCAGAGAGGGAAGAAGAAGAGGUAUCUGAAGAACAGGAAGAAGAAGAUGCAAGUAGGAGGACUAAGGAGGUGGGAGAGGAUGGAGUGGAAGAAGAAGGAGAAGAGAGGGAGGAUGAAGUGGAAGAAGAAAGAGAAGGUGAGGAAGGGGAAGGAGCAGAGGCAGAAGCAGAACAGGAGGAGGGGGAAGAAGAUGAAAACAAGGAAGAGGAGGAGUGGGAAAAUGAAGAAGAAGAAAGGCAAGAAGAAGAAUAUGAAGAAGGAGAAGGAGUGGAUGAAGAUGAGGGAGAAGGGGUGGAUGAAGAUGGAGGAGAAGACAUGGAAGAAGAAGAGGGAGAAGGGGAGGAAGAAGAAGAGGGAGAAGGGGAGGAAGAAGAAGAGGGAGAAGGGGAGGGUGAAGAUGAGGGAGAAGGGGAGGAAGAAGAAGAGGGAGAAGGGGAGGAAGAAGAAGAGGGAGAAGGGGAGGAAGAAGAAGAAGGAGUUGAGGGAGAAGAGACUGCAGAUGAAGGAGAAGAGGGAGUGGAAGAAGAAGAGAGAGAAGAGGAAGAACUAGAAGUGGAAGAGGGAGAGGAGGAAGAUGAAGGGGAGGAGGGAGAAGAAAAAGGGGAAGAGGAGGAGGAGGAGGAACAAGAAGGGGAAGAGGGAGAAGAAGGGGAAGGAGAUGUAGGAGAUGAGGAAGAAGAUGAUGAGCUUCCACAAAUGAAAAGCAAAACCAGGAAGCCAGAGAAGACAGAAAGGACUGCUUUACCAAAUAGGUCUAAACAAAAAAUGAAGUCCAAACAGCAUGUAGCAAAUGGUUUACAUAAUUCAGAACAAUUUUGGAACAAUGUGCUACCUCAUUAUUUAACACUGAAGUAG